AUGAACUGCACAAUGUCUCGGCAGCAACCUCCAUGGCUUCAGGAUGCACAGCUGAAGGAGUUGGUGGAGUGCCCCGAUGACGCCAACUCGGAAGUGCAGGCCAACAAUCAUUGGAAAAGGAUUCGACAAAUGAACCCUCUC